AAGCUCUGGAUUGUUUCUGCAAGUUUUGGGAUCGCUUUCAUUGAUUUCCCUUUCAGACAGAGAGUUGCAAGAGAAGGGAAAACUGGGCAGAGAGAGAGAGAGAGUGGGGUUUUGUUGUGUGAGUUGAGUUGACCUAUUUUCCAGCCCAACCGACCAUGGCACUCCCGUGAGAGGGACCAGAGCAAAAAUCGAAAGGCAACACGCUUUAUCCAGCACACACGGUACAACCCUUCCUUUUCUCUUAUCCUGCACUCUCACCACUGUCCACUCUCUCUUCUCAGGCUCUCCAAUAAUCCUUUGUGUCCCUACCAACCCUACCCUUGCAUUCAGUUUUGUGGGUUAUCAAAACCAACCUCCAACCAUAACCCUUUUUGGCACCAGAUGUUGUUUACCCCCUUCCUAAUUUCAUUGCCAUGGCCUGAUCUGAUUGGAUUUGGGCUUGUUUCUGUGGAAACAGAAUACCCUUUUGAGAGUAUUUGCUCUAGUUCCCAGAUUGAUUCUCAAUUGGAUCUGAGUCUCUGUAAAGAUAUUUAUUGCUGGGAAAAGUAUCUUCUUUUCAAGAAACAGGUUGUGCUAUUCCAUUGAGUGUUGAUAUAUGAAUGUGAUGGGAUUAUAUGAAACGCAAAGGAUGUCGAGUACGUAAAUUUGGUUUGAUGAAAUGAAAGAAUCGAAUUCCAUCAAUGCGGUUUGAAUUUGAUCUGGAUAGUGUGGAUGGAUGUGCGUGAAUCAGCCCUAGCAGCGCUGAGGAAGCAAACAGCCGUGGGGAACCCAAGACUGCCGUUGGUUCCCGCGGAGAGGAACAACAAUGCAGUCACUACCCGCCGCCCUCGGACGAGGGAAGUUAGUUCUAGGUACAAGUCUCCCACUCCCUCCUCAACAACUCCCUCAUCGCCUUCUGGUGCCCGGCGCUGCCCAUCGCCAACCCUUACAAGAACAUCACGUCCAUCCUCACCGUCGGUGUCCAAGAGAUCCCAAUCUGUGGAUAGGAAGCGGCCUUCCACACCCACUUCCCCACCAAGUCCAUCAACGCCGGUCCAGGAUUCUUCUGCAGAUGUGCAAUUGUCGUCCAGAAGAACAGCCAAUGGUCGAAUGCCAGAGGGUUUGUGGCCUUCCACUAUGAGAAGUUUGAGUGUUUCCUUCCAAUCUGAUAGCAUUUCAAUUCCUGUUAGUAAGAAGGAAAAACCAGUGACUAGUGCUCUGUCUGACCGCACUUUGAGGUCAUCUUCGAAUGUGGCUCAUAGACAGGCUGAAACGCCUGCUGCUCCUCGAAAGCUCACACCAGAGAGAAAAAGGAGCCCUGUUAAGGGGAAAAAUGCGCCUGAUCAAUCAGAGAAUUCUAAGCCGGUUGAUGCCUUGCAUUCCAGAUUGAUAGAUCAGCAUCGUUGGCCAAGUAGAAUAGGUGGAAAAGUAUCUUCCAAUUCAUUAAAUAGAAGUGUAGAUCUUGGUGCUAAGAUUGUCAGGCUUGCUGCACCAGCUCCUGUAGUUGGGUUGUCUACACUGAGGAGAACACGGCCAUCUGAUUCUUCGGGUAAACCUUUACAAAAAUCCACUAGUGAUGCUGCCGCGUUAUUAUCACUUCAUCAAAGUGGUAGAGCAGGACUUGGAGCUUCAGCUGAUGGUAAUUCCCUGCAGGUAUCUGGACCUCACAAGCUUGCCUCGACAAGUUUAUCGGACAGGUUGUCAUCAACAACUCAUUCACUGAAAUCUCAAUCUUUGCCUAGUACUCCAUCACAAUCACGACCAUCCUCACCUAGUAGGAGCUCAAUGUUUGCAUCCUCUGUUACAAGAGGUUUAAGCCCGUCUCGAUCAAGACCAUCUACUCCUCCUUCAAGAGGAGUUAGCCCAUCUAAGGCAAGGCCAUCUGGUACUUCUAGUCAGUCAAGCAGUUCAACUUCUGUGCUUAGUUUCAUAGCAGAUUUUAAGGGGAAAAAAGGUGCAAGUUGCAUUGAAGAUGCUCAUCAGUUGCGGUUACUUUACAAUAGAUGUUUGCAAUGGCGAUUUGCUAAUGCAAGGGCAGAGGCUGUACUUUAUGUUCAGAAAUUAAAUGCAGAGAGAACUUUAUUGAAUGUGUGGAACACUACACUAAGCUUGUGGGACUCAGUAAUCAAGAAACGAAUUGAUCUCCAGCAGUUGAAGCUUGAACUUAAGCUGAAGUCAGUAUUGAAUGAUCAAAUAGCUUACCUUGACGACUGGGAUUUACUUGAAAGCGAUCAUAUUGCUGCAUUCUCGGGGGCUAUGGAAGAUUUGGAGGCAAGCACUCUGCGUCUUCCAGUGACUGGAGGGGCAAGGGCAGAUUUGGAUUCUUUGAAGGUAGCGAUCUGCUCAGCUGUUGAUGUGAUGCAGGCAAUGGCAUCCUCCAUAUGCUCUUUGCUCUCACAGGUGGAGGGCGUGAACAGUUUGGUUUCUGAACUUGCUGUUGUAGCAGCACAGGAGAAAGCCAUGCUUGGCGAGUGUGAAGUGCUGCUGGCUUCAGCAGCAGCUAUGCAGGUAGAGGAAUACAGCCUGAGGACCCAUCUCAUGCAAACGAAACAAGACUUGGCAAGGGCGAGCGGCCAAUUUUGGCAACCAAGACAUCUUCUUGAUCCUGACUAGCUCCAAAGCCAAUAUGAUAAGCUCGCGUUGUCAAUUCCGAAGGGAUAAAUACAUACCCGGGCAGAGAUAAAUGUCUCCGUCAGUUCACCGUGAUUGUAAAUUAAUUUUUCGUUUUUAGCCAAUGUCAUCUUGUUCUAUUCCAAUUUUUUUCCCUUCUUUUCGGAGCAAAGGGCCGAUGGCUCCGUGUUUUCCGGUGUAAUUUUUGUGUUACGCAGAUGAAAAGGAAAUGCAGAGGAAGCAAAGGAUUGAAUUCAGUGUAGAAA